AUGGAAGACGAGAAAAGCUUCAAGGACAAGCAGCUCAAAAGCUCUGAGGCCACCAUGCGGCGGCUGCACCAGGACAAGGAGAAACGCCUCCAGGAGAUGGAAAAAGUCAAGACUCUCGACGAAAAGAUACCCUUGGAACUGAACAACCUCAAGGAAAAGAUGGAUCGGAUGCGUAGAGAGAUGAGGGAGUUCGACGACAUCGACGGUCUACGAGACGAAGCUGCACAAACAAAGGAACACCUGCAGGGGCUCAGGAAGCAGUACCGCUGGCGGGUGGAGGCGAUGCGGGGGCAGGUGCAGCAGCUGACGGCUAGGCACGAGGCCUGCAAGAAGGAGCUCGCCGCCAGCGAGACGGGGAAGACACUGGAAGCCCUGGAGAGGAAGAUGCGAACGUACGAGACCAAUAUCUUCUUCCUGAAGGAGUUCGUGGAGACGAAGGGGCGGGAGAUAGACUUCCAGAGCCUGCGGGGAGAGUGCAUGGGCAUGGUCAAGGACCUAAACGAGGCCGUCAAGAGGAAGGGAGAGACGGAAGGGUUCGGUGUCGCCUACUGA